GCGAGGGCACCUGGACGGCUCGAGGCAGCUGCGGGAGCUCAAGGAGACCUGUUGCCACGGAAACAGCACCGGCGGGAAAAAUCACCAGUAAAAAUUAAAAAAGAAGAAGAAACCCGCCGCGCGGCCAGGUGUUUCCGCCACAGCUGUCACUGACGUCACACAUGUCGUCUCCAGCGCUGCUCAGUCUGCUGCGAUGUGGUCGCUCCGCCGUCGCCAGACAAACCCUCCUCGCCGCGCGCUCCUCACAUGAAACCUCCGGACAGGUGGGCGGGGCUUUGCUCGGGGUGGUGGGCACACGGCGGGCCAGCGGCUCCACGCGCUUCGACAGCGACGGCAGCGGGCGGCCGGUCACCUGGGACUCAUUCGGUAUCUGGGACAACAGGAUAGAAGAGCCGAUACUGCUGCCGUCCAGCAUCCGAUACGGAAAACCCAUCCCACAGGUCAGCCUGUCUCGGGUCGGCAGCGCGUCGGUUUUGGGUCUCAGGAAGCAGAACGAGGACCGUCUCCGCAUCGCUCGUAUCCAUGACAACCUGCUGUACUUUGCCGUGUUCGACGGCCACGGCGGUCCGCACGCCGCCGACUACUGCCACACCUUCAUGGAGAAAUUCAUCAGGGACGCUCUGGAGGACGACGACGACCUGGAGAGAGUUUUAAAGAAAGCGUUUUUAGACGUCGACAAGGCGCUGCACACACACCUCAGCUACUUCAACAACGCUUCCUUCCUGACAGCCGGCACCACGGCGACGGUUGCUAUGCUACGUGACGGCGUGGAGCUGGUGGUCGGUAGCGCUGGCGACAGCCGGGCGAUGUUGUGCCGGAAGGGACGAGCCAACAAGCUGACCAAAGAUCACACACCUGACCGCGAGGACGAGAGACAAAGGAUCCAGAGGUUCGGCGGCUUCGUGACGUGGAACAGCGUCGGCGUGGCGAACGUUAACGGCCGUCUCGCCAUGACCCGCAGCAUCGGAGACUUCCACCUGAAAAGCAGCGGCGUCAUCGCCGAGCCGGACACGCGGCGGCUCACCGUCCAUCACGCCAGCGACUCCUUCCUCGCUCUGACCACCGACGGCAUCAACUUCCUGCUGAGCGACCAGGAGAUCUGUGAUGUCAUCAACCAGUGCCACGACCCCACAGAAGCUGCUGACGUCAUCGCCGAGCAGGCGCUGCAGUACGGCUCCGAUGACAACGCCACCAUCAUCAUCGUCCCGUUGGGAGCGUGGGGGAAACAUCAGAGCUCCAACGCCGUCUACAGCAUCAGCAGGAACUUCUGUUCGAGCGGGAGAUGGGCAUAGACACACACACACACACACACACACACACACACACACACACACACGAAACAUCACAGAGCUUUACAGCGGUCAAUAACGUUAACAUGAAGGACACAAACAUUUUCAUAUUUUUUAUUGAUUUAUGAAUCACCCUGAACUGAGUCGGCGGUAACUGCAGAGCUUUCGUGCUCGUUAGUCGUCGGUGUAAAUAGUGUUUAUUAAAAUGUUGUACAUACAGAGAGGUUUGCAGCAGUGUUUGUGUCGUUUAUCUGUGUGUGUUUAGACAAAACAUUAAACACCCCGACAUAUUCAUAUACACAAGAAUUAUUCUGAAUUUAUCAAAUUUAUGUGCGUUCAAAAGAUGUAUGUUGAGAUUAGAGCAGCGUCAAAAAUAAGAAAAGUGAAGA